UGACAAGACAUAUUUUCACAGAAAUGCACAGAGUGAUCUGCAUGCCCGUUUUAAAUGUAUGAAUUAAUUUUAAAAAUCAUGUAACGUAUUUCUCCCAUAAUGCCAAGUCCUGCAGCUGACUUUCACUUUCACUCUCGUCCAGGAAAAGAGCUAACGUUUCAGCCUCCACUGCCGCCUCUUUGAAAAAAAAGGCUGGCACACUUCACUUUCAUCACCAACAGUUGACACCAUCAGGCUUGACUUCAUAACCACCAUGUCACCACUCACUGUGGUGACCUCACUCGUGCUGCUGUUCACACCAUUAGCAGCAGCCAGACAAGCAGAUGGCCCAACUCCCACAGCCAGCAAUGGUCAACCAUUUCCAUGGAACAGCAUGAGACUUCCAGAUAAUGUUCAACCACUGCACUAUGACCUUCUCAUCCACCCUAACCUGACCAGCCUAGACUUCACAGGAGAAGUGGACAUCAAGUUUGACGUUCAUAAAGACUGCAGCACCAUCAUAUUGCACAGCAAGGACCUCCAGAUUUCUAAUGCAGCCCUGUUGAAGUCAGAUGGCAGUGUGGAUGGGCCAUUGCAGGUCCUUGAGUAUCCUGCUUUCCAACAGAUUGCGCUCCUGUCAGACAGUGUCUUAUUUAGGGCCAAUAAGGUCUACACUGUCCAUCUGAAGUUUGCAGCCAACCUCUCAGAGAGCUUUCAUGGUUUCUACAAAAGUUCAUACCGCACCAGCAACGAUGAGGUCAGGUUUGUGGCCUCGACUCAGUUUGAAGCAACUAGCGCCAGAGCUGCUUUCCCUUGUUUCGAUGAGCCUGCCUACAAGUCAAGCUAUUCCAUUCGAAUUCGACGGGAAGGUCGGCAUAUUGCUCUCUCCAACAUGCCCAAGAUAAAGACACUGGAGUUGCCAGGUGGCCUGUUUGAAGACCAAUUCGAUGUGAGUGUGAAGAUGAGCACGUACCUGGUGGCAUACAUUGUAUCUGACUUCCAGUCCAUCAGCAAGACCAGUGAACACGGCAUCAAGAUUUCAGUUUACACUGUCCCUGAGAAGAUUGGCCAGGCUGAAUUUGCACUACACGCUGCCGUUCGACUCCUUGACUUCUAUGAUGAUUACUUUGACAUACCCUACCCUCUUCCCAAACAAGAUCUUGCUGCUAUUCCUGAUUUUCAGUCAGGUGCCAUGGAAAACUGGGGUCUAACAACAUACAGGGAGACAGCUCUGCUCUUUGACCCUGAGAAGUCCUCUGCAUCGGACAAGCUGGGCAUCACUAUGGUUAUUGCCCAUGAGCUGGCACAUCAGUGGUUUGGGAACCUGGUGACCAUGCAGUGGUGGAAUGACCUCUGGCUGAAUGAGGGGUUUGCCAAAUUUAUGGAGUUUGUGUCUGUCAACAUCACCAACCCAGAGCUCCAAGUGGAGGAUUACUUCUUGGGGAAAUGUUUUGAGGCUAUGGAGGUGGACUCUCUACCCUCAUCUCACCCAGUGUCUACCCAAGUGGAGAACCCCGCUCAAAUCCAAGAGAUGUUUGAUGAUGUGUCUUAUGACAAGGGUGCUUGUAUUUUACACAUGCUGAGAGAUUUCCUCACUCCAGAGGCCUUCAAACUGGGUAUCGUUCGCUACCUGAAGCGAUACAGCUUCCAGAACACAGUCAGUCGUCAUCUCUGGGAGAGCUUGACUAAUAUCUGUGAGUCUGAUGGUAUGGAUGAGGGCAGAUUUACAGAUGGCGGGUACUGUUCACGCGCAGGAGCACAGUCUGGAGCAUCUAAGUGGCAUGGAGAUGACGAGCUGGACGUGAAGGCUGUGAUGGAGAGCUGGACCCUGCAGGAAGGUUUCCCUCUGGUCACUGUGGAGGUGAGAGGUCGAGAGGUCAGACUGAGUCAAGAGCGCUACCUGAAGAGUGACAAACCCUCACACACAUCAGAAUUUCUGUGGCAAGUCCCACUCACAUACAUCACCAGCCACUCCUCAACUGUGCAUCGUUUCCUCCUGAAGACCAAAACAGAUGUGCUGUAUCUUCCCACUGAGGUAGAGUGGAUUAAGUUUAACGUGGACAUGAGUGGAUACUACAUAGUGCACUAUGACGACGCUAACUGGGAUGCCAUCGCCAAACUCCUACGACGCAACCACACCGCUCUCAGCAGUAAUGACCGAGCCAGUCUCAUCAAUAACGUAUUCCAGUUGGUCAGUGUUGGGAAGAUGUCACUGGACAGAGCGCUGGACGUCUCCCUGUACCUGAGCAAAGAGACUGAGAUCAUGCCAGUGACCCAGGGCCUCAGUGAGCUGGUGCCCCUUUACAAGCUCAUGGAGAAGAGAGACAUGGAGGACCUGGAGAAUCAGAUGAAGGGCUACAUUGUGUGGCUCUUCCGAGACCUUAUUGACCGCCAGGAGUGGAGCGAUGAGGGAUCGGUAUCUCAGAGGAUGCUGCGCAGCUACCUGCUCAUGUUCGCCUGCGUCCGUGGCCACCCACCUUGUGUCCACAAAGCCAGCCAGCUCUUCCAAAAGUGGAAGGAGUCAGAUGGCAAUAUGAGUCUUCCUACUGAUGUCAACAUGGCUGUGUUUGCCGUUGGAGCUCGUACAGAGGAGGGGUGGGACUUCCUCAUGGAGAAAUACAAACACUGCCUGUACACGUCACUCAAGAGUCGCAUCAAGUCUGCCCUCACUAUCAGUCCACUUGCUCAUAAGCUGAAAUGGCUAAUGGAGCAGAGUCUGGAAGGGGAGGUGUUGAAGACCCAGGACUUGCCGUACGUCGUUACAUCAGUGAGCAGGAACCCCAAAGGCUACAAGCAUGCAUGGGAUUUCCUCCAAGUCAACUGGGAAACACUCGUGAAGAAGUUUGACCUGGGCUCACAUUCCAUCUCUCACAUGGUCAUUGGAGUGACCAGUCAGUACUCUACCACGUCCAUGUUGGAUGAAGUAAGAGGAUUCUUCGGUUCACUGAGUGAGGAGAAGGGUGCUGCACUGAGAUGCAUUCAGCAGGCUUAUGAGAACAUCGAAGAGAACAUCCGGUGGAUGGAUAGGAACCUCCCUCUGUUGCAGGCUUGGCUGAACCAAAACGGGCUGCAUGAUGUGAAGAAUCAUCAUACAGAUUUGUAGAAGCACUGGAUUUUGAACCUCUCUGUGAGAGUGCAAAAGAAUGAGCACUGAAGUAUGUAGUUGAAUGGUUUGAUAUGGUACAUUUGUAGGCCAAAUUAAAUUUGUUUGUGAAAUUUUGUGUAAAAUUAUGACUGCACUUCUAAUCCUAUAUGAGCCAUCCCCAAUGAAAGGUAAUUCUGAAUCAUGACAGAAGGGUCAGUUUCCCAUACAUGGACCAAGAACGAUAAAGAUAACUAUAAAUAAAUAUAGUUCUCGUUGAUAUAAAUGACGAUGUUCACACAUAAACUAUAAAGAUAACGACAUGAACGAUAUCGUUGGGGAUCACUUUCAGAGUGAUUUUCAGAACGAUAAAAAGCUAAUAGCCAAUCAGAACCCAUCGAAUUUUAACCGUCACAUUCAUUAACACAAGGAGAGACUUGUGUUGUUCAGUGUGAACGCUUAUCGUUAUGGUUGUAGUUAUCGUUUUUGGUGUGAAUAGGCCUUAAGUCUAAUCCUGGAUUAAAUGAGAACUUCAGUGGAGAUCUCCAUUGAGUAAAAGCUUUUAUGCUUACUCCAUGUACAGGAAACAGGCACUGAGUGUACUUCUGAUGAAGUGGUGCAGCUAUAUUGUUUCGGUUGUAUUUUGUUGUGUGUCAAGGCCUGCAAUCAACAGUGGUGUUAACGGAGGGCUUUUUGCUUCUCCUUAGUGACUUUUCUCAGAGAUGGGCUUCACAACCCAAAACCCUUUCUUUGUUUUUUAUCUGUGUUGAAUAGAUGUUUUGUUUAGAUCUAAACAAUGGUGUGUUGCUUCAAAGCUUUGCUACUAGCCCACCAAUCUCAAGCUUUUCAUGAAUUGUGUUCACAUAACAUGUUUGCUUCUCAUUAAAAUGAGCUCCAAGACGCCCAGAGGGUACA